AUGUCAUUCUUUUCUACACUGUUACUCGUUACUAAUGGAUUUUUCCAUCGAUAUUUGCAGCUGUGCAGGGAAGACGUCUUUCGUCGCUAUUCUUCCAAAGGGAACACUACCAUAGCAAUUUCUUUUAACAUAGCCGUAUUGCUAGCUGUUUUAGUAGCCAUUUAUGUCACUGUUUGGCCAAGUGCGCAUUUCAAGGAGCUUGUUCGAACAAUUGAAUUUUUCGGACUCGACUUAGGAAGGACUAGUUUCAUCGGAUUUUCCAUAAAGCAUAGCAUAACUCCCAUGAAUAUGGCUUUGAUUUUCAAUGUAAUGGUGCUGACUGGUAUUUUAUUAUGGAUAGAUAUACUUUGUGCAGGAAGCAUUAAUGCUCAACUCCGCAGUUCUGCCUUUUCAAACAAAUUAAGAAGUUUGCAACGCCAGAUGUUCAUCUUGCUUCUAUUACAGGCAGCUGCUCCCAUAAUCUUUCUGCAAAUACCAUAUGCCAUUGCCAUAUUCUAUCUGUUCACAGGUCACAGCACAACACCGUUCAUUAGUGUCAUUAUUGGAGUACUUCUUGCCCUUCAUCCGCUGAUUGAUCCUAUGCUCGUUUUAGCAUUUGUCAAAGAUUACCGUAUCUACAUCCUUAGUAAGCUAAAUAUUCGAAAAUCACCUAAGCUAAUACUGGCAAAGAAUAACAAGAUUGUUGCCGAUGAAAUUCCAAAAGUAUACAUUGGUCCUAUAACCGCCAUUAGUAGCUAA